AUGGAGGUAGGCGAAUUCAAUUAUUCUUUAAUCUCGAGCCCAUAUGAUAGUUUUAUGCGAAAACAUCUCCAACACUAUGGUUACUUUUCGGGACGAGGAGAAGUUAUAAAGAAAUAUGGUUUUUUCCCAUCAAAAUCUCAACUUAUCUCGUCAUCCAGUGAUUCGGAUUCAAGUAGCAGUGACGAAGAAAAUGAAAAAUACAAAGGUAAAUCAAGUAUUUCCGACACAAAACAACCUAUAAGACAAGCUCGUAUACCGUAUGGUUUCAAUUCUCGAGGUGGUAUUAAUGAUGAUGGCUCAUUUGAACCUCGAUGGCCUAUUGAAGUCGAAGUAUUGAAUGAGCCACGUAUAAAACAUAUUAGUACUUCACCGGCACAACCAGAAAUUUUCUUUAAACCAAUGACUAAUACUGGUCCCGCUGUACGUAGUAAUGAUGAAAAUAUCAGGCGAAUUGUUUACGACUAUAGUCCGGAAGGAUGCGGUUAUUUUAUUCGAUCUCGAAUUGGUGGUAAUAGAGAAGGUUGUCGUCAAGCAGCAGUUUCACUUCGAAACAGUGAAGAUACAACGGUUUUAUUCGAGUCACGUUUUGAAAGUGGAAAUUUAAUGAAAGCUAUUCAAGUAGGUGAAUUUGAUUAUGAGCUUUAUCUUCGGUAUGAUCUCUAUACAAAACGUAAUACACAAUGGUUUUACUUUCGUUUACAAAAUAUUCGUGCUGGCAAAAGAUAUCGCUUUACUAUUGUAAACUUUUUUAAACCGACAAGUCUUUAUAGUUAUGGAAUGAAACCUUUGAUAUAUAGUGUUCUUGAUGCAGAAGAUAAAGGUAUCGGUUGGCAACGAUGUGGUGAAGAUAUUGUCUAUUAUAAGAAUAAUCUACCUGCACCUGAUGAUUCAUCAAGUAGCCUAUAUUCUCUUAGUUGGACAUGUAAAUUCCCGAAUAAUAAUGAUACAUAUUACUUUGCUCAUUGUUACCCAUAUACAUACUCUGAUUUACAAGAUUAUCUGAAUGAGAUUCAAAAUGAUCGUUUUAAGAGUCAAUAUUGUAAACAAAAAAUUCUCUGUCGAACAUUAGCUGGAAAUUUCAUUUAUUUACUUACGAUCACAAAUCCAACGACUGCACGAACAAAUAAUACAACUACACUACCUGAAAAUCAAGUUAAAAAAGGUAUCGUUCUAACAGCACGUGUUCAUCCCGGUGAGACAAAUGCGUCAUGGAUGAUGAAAGGUUUAUUAGACUUUUUACUUGGUGAUUCAAAUGAUGCAAAACUACUGCGAGAAAAUUUCAUUUUUAAAAUAAUUCCGAUGCUUAAUCCCGAUGGUGUUAUUGUUGGAAAUUAUCGUUGUUCAUUAUCUGGCCGAGAUUUGAAUCGAAAUUAUAAAACAAUACUUAAAGAUGCUUAUCCAUCGAUAUGGCAUACUAGAGAAAUGAUUAAAAGAUUUAUGAAUGAAACAGAACUUGUUCUUUAUUGUGAUUUUCAUGGUCAUUCAAGAAAACAAAAUGUUUUUGUUUAUGGUUGUGAAAAUAAACAUUUGCCCAAUGAAAGACUUAAAGAAAGAAUAUUUCCUGCAAUGCUAUCAAAAAAUGAUCCUGCUAAAUUUUCCUAUAACUCGUCGAAAUUCAAAGUUCAAAAACAUAAGGAAGGCACUGGACGAAUCGUUAUGUGGUCUUUGGGUAUUAAAAAUAGUUAUACACUAGAGGCAACAUUCUGUGGAUCAACUCAAAAAGAUCGAGCUGGUCAUCAUUUCACUAUCAAAGAUCUUGAAUCCAUUGGUUAUCAUUUUCUUGAUUCUUUGCUUGACUAUUGUGAUCCAGAUCAUACAAAAGAACAAUAUCGUCAAACAGUCUAUGAUGAAUUAUUAAAUGGAAACCUAAUAACACAUGAAGACUUAAAAGAUUUCGAUGCACCAUAUGAUUAUACAAUAAGUAAAAGUAAAACGCGACUUGAUGUAGAACAAGCUUUAACCAUAUCAAUUAAUAAUAAACGUUCAAGAGUUCGAACAACGAAUAAAUUAAAUAUAUCUCGUAAUAUAAAAAGUGCUCCGAAUAUACUCCGAGCAAAGUCACAAUUAGUCAUAACAACCAAACGAAAAGGCACUACUGUAAAUUCUUCUCGUCCAGAACCUGGACAAAAUCGAAUAUUGCAUGAACUUCAAGACGGUCUACGACGUACUAUACAAAUCAAACUUUUAUCACGUGGUGUUAAUCCAGCUUCACUUACCGAUCUUGAUCUUAAUCAAUUUUCAUCCUCCGAUGAAGAUAGUGAUGAAGUAGGAUCAGAUUCGUCAGCUGAUGAUGGUUUACCAAAGCAUUUAGAAGCAAUUGCAGCAGCUAAAGUUCAAUUACAAAAAAAAACAAGAAAGAAACCGGUACCAGUCAAAAAUGCUAGAGAUACUAAGAAAAAUGAUUUAGAUAAAGAAAAUCUUGAAAAGCAUAAAACUGUUGGUUUACCCUUAUCAAAACUUCGUACUUCUCAAUUUCCAAAUAUUGCUUUAUUAGAAAGUCCGGACCUAACAUUGAAUAAUAAUAAUAAUAAUAGUGACACGAUUCUAUCGGAGACUAGUGACGCGACGAAACCAUUCUCAUCGAUGUCAGCACGUCGAUUAAAAGAUGCCAACAACGAGCAAGCACGAUACGAAAGUACAAAUAAUAUAAACGGUAGACCAAAUCGAUGGCCAACAUUAACAACAGCACAGGCUUCAAGUAGUCGUCUAACAACAGCUGAAGAAAAAGCACGACGAUCUCAGGUUGAAUAUUAUAAAAAUGUAAUUCUUGAUGCUGCAUGUGAUGAUCGAGAAAAACAACAUCCACAACAAACUUUAGAUGAUGAUGUCGUACUAACAUCUAACUUUUUCCCAGCACAGCCAGCAUCAUUAGAAAGGACAAACGAAGAAGAGUAUCCAGUUGGCUAUCCUUCUGGUCCAUCGUGCCAAGCAAGUGAACUUAAUGAACCUGCGUUGACUAAUGACUCCCGAGAUGUGUUCACAGCUACGUAUUUAAUUCGACGGCUUAGUACUCUUGAACGUGAAGCAUCAAAUUAUCCAUUUUUGAGAUCGAAUGCACGUAUUGAUGAUGAUACAAAUGUGCAAAUAACUGAUAAUGACACUGAUUAUGAAUUGAGUCGUACGAACAUAUCAAAUCAGCAUGAAGAUGGACGGCACUCAUCAAAUGCAUUUGUUACGAGUCGAGUUUCUGCCCAUCUAAACGAUCGUAUACUUGGUGCACCUCGACCAGCAACUCGGCCAAAGUCAACGGCCAUGAGUACACUUCAAAACCGAACUGUUCUUGAUAUCCGAUCUAUUCAACCACCUAUUCAACCUCCACAUCUACGACGUAUUGCUGAACAACAGCAACAUCAAAGGCAACGUGUUAUGAUGGUAUUCGGCAAACAAACUACUUCUGACACUAUCGAGAAAACACAGUCAAUAUCAACACGUACAUUUCAUUUAUCGAUGAAUGAACGACGACCAGAUGAUUCAUCGCUUAAUUAUGAUAGUUCAUCGUCAAUUAUUUCUAAAGUUUAUCCUAUUCAACAAGAUAAUCUUCCAACAAAUUCCAAUUCUCGUUUUGAGUCAGGAUCGUUCAAUAGAUCACAGGCAAUCAGAGUAUCAAGUGUGAAAAAAUCUUCUAAAUAG